AUGCCGCCAACAAGGACGAAGAGAUACACAGGAUGUUGGACGUGCAAAGCACGAGCAAUUAAGUGUGAUGAGAACAAACCUUCUUGUAUUAACUGCAGAUUUUCAGGAAAUUCUUGCGAAGGAUUCGGAGUGAAACUCAGCUGGCAGAAUAAUUCCAAAGGAAGACCUCAGUUUGACAAAACUAGAUCCUUGGUGCUGAACAAGUGGGGCGAAUGUGACUUGCUAAAUGAUUCGCAAGUUGAGCUGUUUUUAAGCAGCAUAGAUUCGGCUUCUCGAUUCAUCACCUCUGAUGGGAAAGAGUGCAGAUAUGGUCCUUUUCGAGUCUUUAGCCUGAAAGAGCCAGCUAAGAAUUUUGUGGAUAAAAAGCUAAAAGUCAUGUCUCUACUGGGACCUCACGUGGGAAAAGACGUUGAGAGCUUGCUUUUUGACUUUUGGGACCAUCACCUUUGUAAAUUUAUGGUUCCAGUGAACGAUGAGAAGAUAAACCCUUAUAGAAUGGUUAUGCAAACCAUUCAGGAUCAUUCAAUACCUUCUGAGGUUAGGAAUGCAGUAUUGCAUUCGGUGUAUGCAACUUGUUCCAGUUUUUUGGCCAUCAGCAAAGAACACAUGCAGCCAGGCUCAUGGUACCAAGACAUCGACUUCAAGGAAUACUGGAAAGUGCACAAACGUAAGGCAAUGGACCAUGUGUCUAUUGCCUAUCUACGAAAAGCAUCAUACUCUCCUGCAGAUCUUGGGCUUCUGGCUGCUGCAAUAUCAUUUCUUCUCACCAUUGAUAUUUUUCACAUCUCAGAAGAAUGGCAAAUUCAUUUCAGGGGAGCGCUAUCAACACUAAAAACCAUGAAUCAGCUGGGAUAUGGAACCGAUGCAAUGGAUCCAUCUGUCUACUUUGCUCAGUUAAUCAAGUUGACAUAUCUUUUCAGUACUCUUCAUAUUUACCAGGAUGACGUCUGCAACAAGUAUAUAUCCGUGGUCGACUUGGAUUGUAUACAGUUUGAUGUUAUUCAUGAAACUGAGUCAUUGAUGUACCGAAAUACAGGUGUCACUGAGAGUAUGAUCAGGUGUCUGGCUGAAAUCGUGAAAUACCUUCAACUUGGUGAGACGAUUAAAAGCAUACAUGAAAUUGAAAUGGAUAUUGAGUUAUGUCAGCCACAGCAGUUAUUUGAGGGCUGUGAAUCAAGAAAUAGUUUGAUUGUAUACCACCAGUCGAUGAUGUUCCACAUUGCAAUGAAAUUGCUGUUUAUGAGGGAGGUGAAAAACCGGAGUCCGUUUGAGCUACAGGAUCUUGCGACAAAUGGUAUUGAACACAUAAAGGCUGACAAUGACAUCACCACAGGUUCCAAUGGAUUUGGACUGUUAUGGCCUUUCUUCGUGAUAUCAUGCGAAACAACCUCUGCCUCAAAACAGCAAAUUCUACAGAGUUUUCUAGAACCUUACAAGUCAUACAGUGGGACCAGCAUGCAGAGAGCGACCCGUAUAAUUUACGCUGUAUGGGAAAAAAGGAAAAAUGGGGGCAAUGUGAGCUGGAUAGACGUUGUGAGGGAGCUUGAUCCGACGAUUCUUCUUUCCUGA